AGCCAGACGCGCCGGGGCGCACCGAGCCGCUGCACCGCCCGCUCCCGCUCCGUCCCGACGCUGCGAGACGCUUCUCUCCGUUUUUUUAUCUUUUAUUAACAUUUUGCACACCUCCGCUUUUUUUUACUCAUUUAUUUUUUUUAAUUUUUAUUUUAUUGUUAUUUCAUCUUUUUUUUUUUUUCCCACGCCAUCCGCUAUGGAUUAUUCCCAGAUGCUCGUCUCCCUGCUCUUCGUGCUCUCCCCGGGGCUGCUGCAUGCAGCCCCCGGCGCCGAUGCGGGCACCGCACCGACCCCCGCGCACCGCCGCGCCCGCCGCUGCUCCUGCUCCUCGCUGCUGGACGAAGAGUGCGUCUACUUCUGCCACCUCGACAUCAUCUGGAUCAACACUCCCGAGAAGACUGUUCCAUAUGGUCUCGGAGGUCCUUCUCGAUCCAGAAGAUCACUAAAGGACAUGGUGCCAGAGAUGCUCGCUGAACCCAGCAACAGGUGCAGAUGCGCCAACCAGAAGGACAAGAAAUGUCUGAACUUCUGCCAAACAGGAAAAGAUCUCUGGGCUCAGUCCACGGUAGAGAAAACCUCGCGUCACAGCAACAAAGCUGGCAAUUGCAUCGGACUCAAAUGCAUGAGCCGACAGCUUGUUGACAGCAGGAAAAUAAAGAGGCUGGAAGCUAUUGGUAACAGUAUCAAAGCUUCCUUCAGCAUUGCAAAGCUGAAGGCUGAGCUCCAGAAAGGGUGGAAGCUGAAACAUAACAGGGCGAACAAAAGGCAAAGCAUCUGGGAAAGCCUGAAAGCAUCCUAGUGGGAAGAUCACCUGAGUCUUUCUCCACCACACUUGCUGGCAAAGCUGGCAAAAAACUCUCUCUUGACUUCUAACAUUCCACAAUGGUGAACGGUCUCUGUCCACGUGUUUGCAUAGCAGAGCAGCACACUAAGGAAGUCCCAUAUUUGGAGGUUUAAAAGCAAAGGAUUUCAUCGUUUUGGAAUUCAGAUGGACAGGAAGAGGGGGUGAGGGGGAAUCCAUGGUAACAUACAUGAAAAGCCAUCUUUCUGAAGAAACAUUUGAAUGUUGCUUCUGGAAUGUUACCCACCAACUGAGCAACUUUCAGGAUCUACAUCAAUAGCAUCUCGUAUGGAAGAUCUCACAGAUGUGCUUAGAAAGCACAGAAAGCAAGAUCUGAGUGGACAAAUGUCAAAGCGAAAAACAUUUCUGCAUUUUGAUUAAAAUGUAAAAAUGAAAGCCACAGUGCUACUUUAAUCAGGACUUACUGCAUAGAUACACAUCUACCUCAAAUUACUGUUUGUUGCACUCCUGCUAGAGUAUUUUUACACUUUGUUAUUGCCUUAACUAAUCAGCUGCAACCCUUUGCCUUUUUUCAGAAGUCUAGUUUACUUGUACAGCCAGAGUUAUCUGAAUGUGGGUUAGACACUGUGGUUGUUUGCAUAGUUAGAGUCCUUUGGUUUUGGAUAACAAAGGACCCUUCAAUAUAAAAUAAAAGUUAGAGGACACUACUAGGUUUCCCAUAACAAGGAUAUUUGGCUAACUGAAGUUCUAAUAAUAGAAGUUGUUGUGUCUUGCACGACACAGAAAAUGCACUGAACUGGGGAUGUACCAGAGGCUGUUGUGAGAUCUAUUCAGUGCUUUGAUUAGUGGAAAUGCAUCAGGACAAGGGGUUGUUUUGAAUUAUGUCAAAAGGCUAAUACUGAGUAAAUGUUUCUUGCAGUGAAUUUAUUCACAUUGUUGAAUUUGCUGACAGGUUCAAUCUUAUGUGCUUAUUUUUUGUGUUUUGUAUUUAUAUUUACACAAGUUCUUCUUUAUGUUUGCCAUGUUGAAUACACAUUGAAGUAGGCCAUAUUGGUCUAUGCAUGUUUUAACUGUUUCUGUAUGAAAUCGGGAAAUGCUUUAUGCCUAUCAAGGUAAAUAUCUUCAGAAAUAAAUAUUUUUAAUUACUAUA